CUGAUCAAGGAAGACGCAGAAGAAGAUGCUGAGCUUGACGAACUAGAGCUACUCGAUGAGGAGAGACUCGAGCUUUGACUGCUAGAUGCGGAUGAGCUGCUGGAGCUACUAGAACUGCUGGAACUUGACGAGGAUGCCGAAAUUGAGGCGGUAAGUUGGCCAGCCGUGUUGCUCGCAAGCGACGACGCCGACGACGAGAAACUUGAGCUGAUAAUGCUGCUGCUAGACGACGACAGACUUGAGCUCAGGCUGGAACUACUACUGCUUGAAAUCGAAGAACUUGAAGAACUAGAACUUGAAGAAACAGAACUUGAAGAAACAGAACUUGAAGAACUGGAACUUGAAGAACUGCCGCUUGACGAAGCCAAUGCAGUGA